GUGGCCAUGUUUAGUUAAUCUUUGAAGUUCCGCUUAUAUCAAUUCGCAAUUUUACACACUGCAUCUCUACAUUAUUGCUGAACACUAUUGUAAUCCGCCUCUGCCUGCCGAGUCGUACUCUCCGCUGCCUGCGAUUAUCCUCGCCUAUAUACUCAUUGCCGUAAAAGACGAGAGCAUAACUGUUACCGCGCGGAGAACAAGAGUAAGAGACAAAAGGGAGACGGACAUCUUUGAAUCAAAGAAAAAAUAAUAAUUAACAAGUAGAAAGGUAGCGUGAGAGAGAAGUCCGAGUAUCGAUCGAUCUGUUAGGUCGCGCUCUCUCGGUAUCCGCAUCAAAGUAGUUAAAAAGAAAUCGAUAUUAAGGGGAAAAAACGAGGUCAUGCUAAAGCAUACGAAAAGUAAACGCGAUCCGCGCCAUUUACGACGUACAUUGUGAGCAUAAAGUUUCAAAUAUAUAUAAUCGCUCUCUCUCUCUCUGAUGUCGUGUCUCGUCCACUCGAUUAAUCCGUUCGUUCAUACGUUCGUCGGUAUUUCCUACGUAAGAAGAGAAAUUGAAAAAGAGAUAACGUAAUCGUUUAUCACGUGUUUUUCUUGUCCCACGCGACAACGCCCAAUGAAGGUAUAUCUCGUGUAGUUUGCAGUUUUCCCGCUGAGGAAGAAGGGCGCACGUUUUCUGCUGUUUCCCUCAUUAGUAUAUGUACAUACUCACACACACACAUCGACACAGAACUCAUCACUUCCGGUUGACGCACCAAUUACGUCCUUUGUUCUAUUUACGAAUAGAGUAAAUCACAAUUAUAUCCCCACCAUUGCCAUAUCCCCUCUAAUAUCUUUCCCCACCCAAGGACAAACGAUUGAUGCGACAUCUGUCGACCAAUCAGAAUUCCUCGUUUCUCCUACAUCCAAUUCUUUUAGACUUUCCACAUCACGUUGAACGAUGGUACAAGGACGCCGGUUGUAUAGACGCGCCACGUAGUACAAAAAGGGACGCCGUGAAACGCUAACAUGACUGCUGUACGCGACGCUUGACUAAUACACGAACAUAUUGUACAGGAAAAACAGGUUACAGAGAUAGUAAGAGAGAGACACACGGGCGUGUAUAUAUGUGCACGCAUAUAUAUAUAUACGUUUAGAGAGAAGCAGAGAGAAGACGGCGGCCAUUGCGCGAUAUGCCACGUCAGGCAGAAUGACGUUGCCGUAGCGAGAAGGAGGACGUAAAAUAUUUUGACGAAAAUUUCUCUUCUUGUCGAAGGAACAUAGAAAAAAGGAACGCGAUAUAUCUAAUACAGUGAACACAGAAGGAAAUAUCGACCAGGAAUCGAGAGUGAAUAUCUAUAUACAUGCAUAUAUAUAGAGAAAAGAGGGUUCGAGCACGAUAAAAAGGGAGAUGCGAGUUAUUGAGUCAACGACGAAUUGAAAAGAAAUAUUGCGAGUAAUUUAGUUCUCAACGGAAGAGAGACAUUUACUAAUUGGGAUUAAAAGAUCGUGAUUCGAGUCCUUGUUUUGAGAAUUUAAAGACGCUCCAAAGAUCAGGAACCGAGAGAGUGAGAAGCAUCUGGCAUUUUAUAUCAGACGAGAAAUCUCUCGAGACCUCACUGCUCCCCGAUUCUGUUAAUUGUCUUCCUUGUAUAAGCUGCCUCCUUGAAUUUUCUUCUUUUUUUUCUUCUCUUAACUAAAGGAAACCCGGGGGAUACAAACAAAUCGUGAUUAUUUGUAUACGUGAGCCUAAGAUACUGGAGGAGACAUCGUUUUCUAAAUGUUCGAUUUCUCGCGUCACGUUAUAACACCCUGCUACGGCAUCAUCGUUGCGAUCGAUACCACGAUCCCGUCGCUGGAACCUCAUCCUCGUCGGCAUUGCUGCCACGUCGUCAUCUUUAACAAUAGUGUGUCUUAUCUGGAUCCGUUGACGCGCUUCGUAUCACGUACGGCUGGCUAAAAAGGGCUGUUGUUGCCAAACGAUAAAAGACACGAGCCGGCGUGUAUAUAGAGCGAGAAAGAGAGAGAGAGAGAGAGAGACGUACAUGCAGGCGGCAUAGAGAGGGAGAGACAGGCAGAGACAGGCUGGCGCGUGCUCUACUUUGUUGCGGGCUGCUGCUACGCACUUAAAAAGCACGCAGGCACGCACGCAUUGACACGCAAUUCACACUGAAAAUACAGAGAGCCAUGGCACUCGAGAGUGUUAACGCGGCCGAGACUCUAAUCCAAAGAAGGUGUGGGCCUAUAUGUGUAUUUACUCUAUUGCAUAAUAAUAUAGUCCAGUGUUUACCAAGCAAUGAAACGUAGCAUACAUAUGUAUAUGUACGUAUGCACAGAUACGUACCAAUGUGUAAUGAAAUCAUGAAGGAUUUAAAAUUGACAAUUUAAUAUUGAUAAAGAGUGAUGCACCCUUGCAAAUGAUGAUAAAAUUGAUGAUAAUGAUUAUGACAAUGUUCGAUGAUUAUGAUGAUGAUGAUGAUUAUGAUGAUGAUGGCCCGAUUGGUAAGUAAUAACGAUGAGGACUUGGAAGAUGGAGAGAUCCCCUCCGAUGAGGAUGAUGAACCAAUACCUGUGGCAGCUCCUCCGAAGCCUGUCCAGGAACCUCCAAAGCCAAUAUCAAAACAUGAGUCUCCGAAGAGCAAGACCUUUGACAGUAAAUUUAAUAAGAACAAGAAGCAAUCCGUUCAAGGAAGUGGUGGUAAGACGGACCGUUUCACCAAAUACAAGAAUCCAUCUGAGGACUGGGCAGGAGACGUUGAGAAGGCGAUAAGAGCUGCUCUUGAAGAAGACAAAGUCAAGAAUCAAGAAAACAAAUCCAAGAACAAGAACAGCAGGAACAAAAAUCGUAAGAGGAUACGAGAUGACAAGGAUGAUGACCGUAUCAAAGAGCAAAAAAAAAGGAAGUUCAGCGACGACGAAGAUGUCAAUGAGGAUGACGACGAGAUGCUUUUCGUCAGAGGAGCUUCUCCCAUUAGGAAAGAUUCCAGAGAGAAUAGUACACCGCCCAGAAGAAACAAUGACCACGACAACUUUGACAGCAAUUCCGAUUACGAUGAUCGACCUGGUCUGAACAGACAUCGCGAGAAUGAGAAUAAACGUGGCGGUGGACGCGGUGGAGGUCGACGUGGUGGAAAGAAUGAUCGCGGUGGAAAAAACAAGGGUAGAGGUCAAAUGAGAAACGAGCGUAAUGGACGUAGAAAUCAAGGAAACGAUCAUGGACAGGAUCCUGAUGCAAUAUGUCUGUAUUACAUGCAAGGAAAGUGUCAUCGAGGAGAUGAUUGUCCAUUCUCACACAAUGCACUUCCACCGAGGAAAAUGGAACUGUGCAAGUUUUAUUUAAUGGACUGUUGUGCAAAGAGAGACAAGUGUCUUUAUAUGCACCAUGACUUUCCAUGCAAAUUCUUCCAUACCGGACUCAAAUGUAAUCAGGGAGAGAAUUGCAAGUUCUCUCAUGAACCUCUGAAUGAGCAGGUCAAGGGUAUCCUCCUGAAGCAUUUAGAAACUGCUCCAAAGGAGAUACUUGGCGAUUUUCCAAGACUAAGCCGCGAAGGUGCUAUGCUUAUGAUCAAUAACACAGCCAGAAGUCUUGCUCAGGGUCAGGAUGUAGGGAAUCAAAAGAUUCCCAGUUUGUUCGAGCUAAAUUUACCCGCUCCUGGCAACGGUAGCAGAACUGACAGCAAGGAUGAUGAAGGAUCUGAAAGUUCGGCGAGUCCUACUCAAAAAACCAACUCAAACAAGGAUCGAAAACCUUCUGGAAAGAAGACUCGCUGGGGAUCCGAUGAGGAUAGGGUUCCUUAUGAGCAGAUUAUGCUACUCCAAUCUGCCAGUCAACUUGGUCUUCAACUUCCUAACGCAGCUCUGGGUUUGGUGGUUCAGCAACAACUUCAAAAGCAACUUCUACAGCAGAGGAUUGCCAAUAUGGGAUUUUAUAAGGAAUCCGGACAGAAUGCCGGCGAUGGCAACAAAAACAGGGUCAAGGAUAAGGAAGACUUUACUAAAGAUGUUGAGGAGGACGAGAUUCUUGCCCAAGUCAGGGAGAAUAUUGCAAAAAUCAAAGAAGCUUCUUCAGAGACUUCUAAGGAUAUCGACUUGAGACAAUUACUCGCAAGCGCGGCAAAACAUCCCCAUGUCGUUAGUAUAGCGGACGAAGCUGCGAGUCUGGCCAAGACAAAACUCGAUGAGGAAAGUGACAAGGAUGAAGAAGCUGAUCUGGUUAUCGAGAUGCCAGUAGAAGACCACGAUAAGGAUAAGGAACCAGGAAAGACAAAUGAUACACCUGUGCAGAAUGCUACCGAAGAAAUACCAUCGCAUCUUCCUAAGAAGGUUCAGGAGCUAUUUAUGCGUAUUCAGCAGCAGCAACGAGCUGCUCAGGACAGUUUUAAGAAUCUAGAUGAUGAGUCUGACAAGGCGGACACGCAACCUCAGGAAGAUUGGUACUCGGACGAUGAUGACGAUGAAGAUGACGAUGAUGACGAUGCAGGAAACUUGACGAUAGUGCUCAAAGAUGUGCCAAAGGAGGAAGGUGAUCAGGAAGAAGAAAAGGAGGUUGUUAAUGCACCCGAACCUGUUCUACCUCCAGCAAUUCCUCAGCCCGCGGUGAUAGUGGACAAACUGGGCGACCUGAGUAAAAUCGAUAUUAGUGCUGAGGUGACAAAGCUCUUGUCAUCGAUAAAGGCACAGAGUUCAGGCAAUGGGAAGUCAGGAGGAAGUUCGAAAGCUGAAUCCUCUCAAGGAAAAACGAAGUUCGACCAGGAUUACUCCACCUCGAGUAAGAUGGUGGAGGAUUAUGAGCCUGAAGCGAAGAUGUCCAAAGUGGAGAAUCUGACGGCGAGUCCCAGAUCAUCACCUGGACCUAGUGCAAGUACGAUACCGGUGUCUAGAGAUCCCAGGAUGUCCAGGGACCCUAGACAAAGAAGAGACGAACAGAAACCUAGUAGUCCGAACAGAGUCGAGGCGAAGAAGGAGACCAGGACGAUGAGAAUAGAGAAUAGUAUCUACAGUUCCGGCAUAACCUCACUGGACGGUAAUUUGGAUACUGAUCUACGGUCAAGAAGUGAUCAGGAUCAUCGCCGCAAGGACAUGGAUCUUCGUCAACGCUUCACGGACUUUGGCGAUACUGAUCUCAGGGUAGUUGGCGGUACAUUCACGGAAUCAUCCACCAGGUCGGACGUGGAUCUUCGUCAGAUGCUCAGCCUACCUUUUAAGCCUGCACCAAGUCACAUGCCCUGUACUGAGAUAGAUGCUAGUAUCAGUUCGCAUCCUCCGAUAACGUUCAAAGUCUAUGUGGUAGACAUUCCUCGACCUGACUACACAGGACUCAAGUUGACCAAGAACGAUCCCCAAGUGAAGUACGAUCCUCGACUAAGGAAGAUCUUUAGACUGUCCAAGUCGGAUUUGGCAGAUUCACCAAUGUCGCCACCACCUGCUAAGCCAGAUACUCCAAAAUCUCCACCUCAGGUUAGAUCUGAUCCAAGAAGAAAAGCUUUGGAGGCAGCGGCACAGUCAUCUCCAAGCUCGAAUGUAUCAAAUAUGCAAAGCGGUCCAAUGCAGCAGCCUCCAUCUGAUAUGAAUAACAUGGGAAUGGGGCCGCAGGGUAUGCCCGGACCUCAGGGAAUGCCUAUGUCUAUGGGCCCCAAUCCAAUGUUGGGAAAUAUGGGUCCAAUGGGACCUAUGAUGGGUGGAAUGGGUCCAAACGGACCAUUAAUGAGUGGGCCAAUGCCGCCACCUAAUAUGCCACCUAUGGGAAUGCAAGGUAUGCAAGGGAUGCCUAAUAUGGGACCAGGAAUGGGUCCUAACGGACCUAUGAUGCCCCAGAAUCAAAUGGCAUACGAUCCGAGGUUCAAUGCUCAGCGUAACAACGGUGCAGGAUUAUUAGGUCCUGUUCCAGGAAUAGGAUUUGGUCCGGAUGUAGGACCUUCCUACGAUGGUCCCAAUUAUGGUCCUGGCCCUGGACCCGGUCCAGGUCCUGGUCCGGGUCCCGGCCCUGGUGGACCUGGAAACUUUGGCCCUGGAAAUUAUGGUCCUGGACCUGGUCCUGGUCCUGGUCCGAACGAUCCUGGAAUGAUGGGAUUUGGUCCCAAUGGACCCAAUCCUCCCAAUUUUGGCGGAAAUGGGCCCGAGUGGAAUAACGGGAAUCAAAAUCAAACCAGACGUGGUGGUAGAGUCAGAAGAAGAAACAGGAACAGGACUAAUGUCGGCACUAAUAAUCGUGCCAACAGGUCUCCCUAAAGGCCCUCCUCGUCCUACUCCUCCAUUAAAAGAUCAAGGACUCAGUGCAGCUAAUCUAUAUAAAGUGCUCAGUGCUCAGUGCUCCAGUACACGAGGAACACAGACUUCUUCCAUUAACGAGACAAGGUGAGGGAACAUGCGUUCUCACGCCAUUAGAUUGAUUAAAAUCCGGAUUUCAUGCUCCAUGGUUUCUACAUAUAAUAAUAUGUGCAAUUGUGCAUCUCAGACGAACCCAUGAGAUUUUGCAGCAGCACUCCAGUGAUGAUUUAAGAAAAAGAAAAAAAGACUUAUUCGAAUGGCGAAUCUUUUUACGCGAGAUAUAAAUAUUAUACAUGGCUGUAUAUAGUUUAUUUUUAUUUUUAUCUUUCUCUUCUGUGGGCAUGCUCAAGAGACACCAUAAUAGUGAAGACGAGAAAAUUUAUAUAGUGGAUCUUUGAAUCAUCCAUUCAGAUUAAUUCUUUAUUAUCUUUACUAUACGUUAUUCUUUCAUUUGAGUUUCUUCAAGUCUUCCAGUGUACAUAGGUAUAUAGGUACUGGUUAUUGUAUUAUUAUAGGUGAAUCUACAACGUCAAGUUGUUUAUUGUAUUAUCAAUAAUGUAUCAAGCAUGGGGAAUUGGGUCUUCUGGCUGUUCAGAACUAUCCUUUACAUAACAUGUUAGUGCUGUUCCUUUGAUUUAUGAAAAUACUAGUGCGAACGCACCGGAAAUUUUUUUACCACACUCUUCCUGAUUAACACCAGAGUGACCAGAUCCAUGUUUAACCAUCUAAUAAUGUGCCUCGACAAGCUCGAGGAGGCAAAUGUUUUUGUUUUUGAGAAUAACGAUUUUUCGAUUAUCCAUUCAGGGAGACGAUUAGCAUCUUCCUCAUAAAUUGUUUAUUUGUUAAUUCAUUGGAACUGCUCUGGCUCCAAUGGAUUUUGAAAGCAUAUGUAGUUCAUUAUCUUCCUGAUUAAGUUACACAGCUAUGAUCACUAUUACUAUUAAUUCAACAAUAUUGAUAACUUUAUGCAAGAAGAAUAAUUUGUAUAAUAAAAAAAUUUACUACGAUAGUAA